GCUUGUGUCAGAUGACUGUGACGCAACACCCCGGCUUCCCGGAAGCAAGCGACAAAACAACACAGGGUCCCAAACAUGAGCCUCAAACUCGAAUUCCCCCGCGUUACACCGGCGCUUGCCUGUCUAACGUUCCUCCAGACGGUCACCCCCGCGGAGGCGUACGAUGCGGGCGACGCGGUGGCCUUGCUGCUGGGAACUGUCGUCACCAUGGUGGGUUUCUGCGCCUGCCUGGGCUGGUACGCACGGAAAAGGAACAGACUGCUGUGAGGAAGGAUCGUCUGCUUCUGCGCUUUGCUGGCUUGUUGUGGUCCAACACAUAACUGUAUAUAAAUACAUCUCCUUCUGUGGACAUCUUGGAGCAAAGUUUGGACCAAGACGUACUUAAAUUGGAGCUGGAAACACGUGAUGGAGAAAAACCGGAAGUAAACAUCACAUCACGAUGCACUCCGGUUUAUAAUCACCAAAGGCUGCUGUUGCUUUGUUGCAAAAAUACUCAAGAUUACUUAAGAUUCUCGCUUUUUAAAUUGUCAUUGCUCAGUGUGUGUUUGCAACACCAUUGCUAUUGUCAAAAUAAAAGUACAUAAGCCAU